AUGCCGCCGAAACGGACCAAAGCCACCAAAUCAUCGAACAAAGCGAGAAGCUGUGACUUGAUGGGAGACCAAAAAAGGCGCUGCUCAGCGCUGACGGAUUCAGCAAACCGGUUGAACCAGGCAGAAAUGGAUACAAAGUUGCAGAAUCUUCUUGCGGAUUCGCAGUUGGAUGCCGGUCUGUUCUUUGUGUCUGUUGGCACUGCCUCUACAACAAACACACCCGGGUUUGAUUCUCAAGAUCCGCUGGGAUCAUUGGAAGAAAACAGCCCGGAUCUAGCACUGGACCCUGCACUGGACGAGAAUACACCCGAGCUACAGUUCGAGAAAAACCAACCAAUACCCAUGGACCUGAGCAUGCACGACUCCAGUGUAUUGGAAGCAGACUUGGAAGCUACCGGUAAAUCAACACCCCUAAAAUCUUUGCUUCUUCCGAUGGAGGUGGACGAUGACCUUGAUGAUGUUCCACUGGUACACCUUAUUCCGUCGAGUGGCACUACUAAGUUUCCCAAGAUCAUUAAGUCCUACGUACAACCGCCGGAAAAACUACUUCAGUCGCCUGCAAGGUCGCCUGUUCGUGAAGUGGAUCAACAAGAGAGUCAACAGCCAAGCCCAAAUUCAACAUCAGCUCCGAAGCCUUCGGAAAACGUCGCCAAGGACAUCGCAACUGCAGAUCAACGGGACUUGCAUGAUGAACACUCACAGAAGGACUUGUCGGCCGCGCCAUCGGUUACUGCAGCGCAAUCGUUGGAAGAAAACUCAUCAGAUCCUGAAACUGACUGGAAAAAGAAAUUCGAAAAAGCAGAUGCCGAAAAUAGAGAGCUAAUCGAAAAGCUGAAGAAAUUUCGUAAAAAAAUAACGUUGCUUGAAGAGGAAAAAGCGGCUGCAGACGAUGCUGUGCUGAGGUUUUCAAAAAAACUUCUUGCUAUUGAAGACCAACAAAAAAUCCCAAUGGUAAGUGUGAAUCAUUCAUAUUAUAGUAAAACAAUCACUGUCAAACUGACCUCAUGCCCAGCCCAAACCCUUGCUUUUUAUUUGAAUAUACAUGCAUUAACUCCUGCAGGCACGAUUCACCACGAACGCUGAUUUUGAUGUAUCUGUCCAACAAUUGGAGGAAAUAAAUGAUCGUUCGCAAACGGACAGCAUGUUUGUUGGGCUGCUCUGCAUUCUGCUGGUUGGAACUGAUCGCCUAAAAGGAAUGAGUGUCACCGGGCAGCCAUCGCACAGAUUCAUCAACGUAAAGGAUGAAAACGGUUCCCCGGUCUGUCGACCAACACAGAAAAUGGAACCUGCACUCAUUGAGUUCAUCUGUGACAAAGUGGCUGAACGCACCGCAAUCCGUGUGGGCCCUGAAAAUGCGGCCACAAUUCGCAAGCACUCCGACACGAAGACAGUUAAUCGAUACAUCGCCUGCAAGAUCUCAAACCUGAAAAAACAUAAUAAGUAGUACCGAGAGUAGUACGACAGAGGAAGAGCAAUCUUCGAUCUUGGCUGCUCAAUCAGCCCUCUCAUUUAAGUUGUUUAAUGCGUUUAAUGUUUCAUUGUUAUUUUAAAACGAACUUUUACUUUCGCAUUUGUUUUAUUGAAUAUUUUCGAAAUGUUGAUGAAAUCGAAACCUAUUCAAAGUGAAAUGUUUUGUUGUUACUGAUUGUCAUAUGUUUUUGAUAUGUUUGUCAAAUGAUAAUAAACACUUUGUCAGAAGAUAAAUGCACUCAAUUUCUCAUAAUCUACAGAAAGAAAUGGUCCCACCUCAUCUCCCUAACAACAUACCGUAUACCGACUAUAGGAUGAAUAAUUGAUAUCAUUCUCUAUAUGAUCAAGAUGAUAACCCGAAUAGGAUUUGAUCAUACAUUUCUUUUCAUAAUAUCAUUCAACAACCAUACUACCAAGCAUUUAAUUGAGUAGGUAAUUAUAGCAUUAAUCGUAGAUUGUUUUACUUACUAUACACUGUAUCAUUUAAAUGAAGAUGAAACGAUUUCCAGUAUAGUUUAAGUUGCCAUUUAAUCAUACACUGAAUGAUGAAAAUUACAAAAAAACGAUAAAAAAGAACCAUUGUGGUAAUCUUUCAAUAUCUUUUUGAAUUCACACCCUAUCGUUGUGCAUACAUUUUAAUGAUGAUAAACUAAUGAUUUGUUGAAUCAUUGUUCAAAAAAUUUGUUCGAGAAAAAAGGCAUUUUUGAAUGGUAACUAUACUUAACGACCUAUUCAGGCUAUCGUCAAAACAUUGAUUAUUAUAAGUGCUAUCAUCAAUAUCAUUCGUAUUAUCGUCAGUUUAUAAUAUUUUCUUAUGAUUAAGGUAAUAAUACUUUUACAAUUAUCAAUAAUAA